GCCGCUGACGUACUUCCUGUCGGCAGCCAUCUUGCCGAAGUCCAGUAUAAAAGGAGCAGCGCAGCUGGACCUCUUCAGUCUGCAGGAAGUUGGUGAGCAGAGCAAGAUGGCGGAAGCACAGGAGAACACGAGGUCUGUGAGUCCCAAGAUGGUACCCAGCGCCCGCAAAGUAUCAGCGGCCGCAGCUCAGGUGUUCCAGGAGCUGGAGGACUGGCUGCAGAAGCUAUCGUUAGGAGGCGAAGAGGCAUGCUUGAAAGUCCCGCUGCCGGAAGACGACGAGCAGUGGCCAGCGACUCCUGAGGGCAGAACGCCCGCGUCAUCCAGAGGAGCGCCGCCGGUGAGGCUGUCUCCACACCAUCGGUCCUGGGGGUCCUGGGCAGAGUUACCGACAGAAGAGUAUGAUAAACCUGGAGCCAUCUCACUGGGCCAUGUUUCUCCGCAGAGAUCUGGAUGCAUCUGACCAGGCCGUGUUACUCAACAGAGAUCUGGAUGCAUCUGACCAGGCCGUGUUACUCAACAGAGAUCUGGAUCCAUCCGACCAAGCCAUGUUACUCAACAGAGAUCUGGAUGCAUCUGACCAGGCCGUGUUACUCAACAGAGAUCUGGAUCCAUCCGACCAAGCCAUGUUACUCAACAGAGAUCUGGAUCCAUCCGACCAAGCCAUGUUACUCAACAGAGAUCUGGAUCAAUUUGACUGA